AUGGACCUCUGCCUGACACUCCUGUUGAUCUAUCUCUGUAGCCAAGGAGCCACUAAUGCUGAGGUGGAAGAAAAUCAACCAGUCUCGCUGGUGCCUCUUACUCAACCAGAGGAGGAAACAGGACCCAGCAGUACAGCACAGCCAGAAUUCGCAGAUACUACAGAAGCCUCUGUAAUUACAACAUCCUAUCAACCACCUACAACAAGUAGUGGGCCCACCGGAGCCUCGUCGAUAGAAGAGGAUGAUGGGGGUUGUCUGUCUCUUGGCAGAAACCCACAAUCCAGGGAAAUUGUUGCUGCUGCCAUUCAGAAAAUGGGUGUGCAGCUGCUGCAGAACCUGGAGAUGACGCCAGAGCAGCCAAAUAUUAUCAUAUCUCCUUUAAGCAUAUCACUGGGCCUCUCCCAGCUGGCUUUAGGUGCUGUAAAUGAGACGAGGGAGCUGCUGAUGCAUCAUCUUCAUGAAAACGCUCUCCCCUGCUACCACCAGUCUCUACAUAGUAUCUUGAUGCAGCUCAAAAACAGUGAUCUACACAUUGCCACACGUAUCUUUCUGCGUGAAGGGUUUAAGCCGAAGGAAGUAUUUGUCAAUGAGUCUCACCGGUUUUAUCGCUCGGAACCAGCAAUCUUGGAGAAUCUGGAGCAAAUAAACACAUGGGUAGAGAACGCAACUCAAGGAAAGAUAGCUGACUUCCUUUCUGCUUUACCUCCCAAUCUGCUUCUCAUGCUCAUUAAUGCUGUCCAUUUCAAAGGAGAGUGGAAAGCUCGAUUUGACCCCCGCUUUACCUCCAGAGGUGUGUUCUAUCUCGAUGAACAGCACAUGGUUGAUGUAGAGGUGAUGGAAGAUGCCAAACAUCCCUUGAGUUUCUUUAUUGAUCAUGAACUGGAGGCUCAGGUAGCGAGCUUCCCAUUCCUGAAGUCUAUGAGUUUGUUGGUGGUCGUGCCUCUGUCUUUGCAGACAAAUAUCUCUUCACUUGCUGCAAAGAUCGAUGUCUCUAACCUUUAUAAUCGACUGCCCAAAGAGAGGGCAGUCCAAGUAAAAGUCCCCAAAUUCAAACUAGAGUAUGCUAAAGAGUUAAAGGAUGUCUUUAUCAAAUUGGGUAAGACCUGUUUUCUGUGA